AUGAUUCUUGACAGAAAAUAUAUAGGUAUCAACACAUAUGCAUCACUUGACUUCAAAAUUUAUCAACUUGUUUUUGAACACAACAUCACAGAAACCACAAAAUGCUUUAAAUCCAUAGAUGAAGCGAAACGAAUCAAUAUUCCAGGAAAAUUUUCUAUAUUAUAUGAUUUAAAUAAUUCGAAAUAUAUCAUGGAUGAUAUACUUCGUCAUUUUAUUAUUGAAUUACCCGAAUUAAAACUUAUCAAUGCAUGGAAGCAGAAAAAUUCACUUACAGAAGAGCUCGAAGUCUCAGGUCAAUACUCAGCAGCAGGAUUUACUCCUCAAAUCACCGAAGCACCCAUGAGUAAAUGGAAAGGUCUUGUGCAUUCUCGUUUAUUAGAUACUGGUAUGUCAACUCCUUAUACAUACCUUGAUGGAAAUCCUGGAAUAUAUUAUUGGCAUUUCCCUAUUGGAAUGUUUUGUAACGCUCCUUCUUCAUAUCAAAAUUCAGGAAUGCCUGCUCAUCGCCCAAAUUCUGUUAAACGAAUCAGUCUUUGGAGUGCUAUUAGUGAAUACCAAAUUGAACUAAACAAAAUUAAAUACUCAUGUAUCCUAUCCAUCUAUAAUUCUUUAGCAUUUGAUUUGUUAACACUUAUCUUUAUUUGCUCAUAA